UAUGGAUUAAAUUGUUGUAGUUGCCAAACUUGCCAAGUUUGUGACAUAGGUACUUUACAUUUUAUGACGAUCAUUACAUUUAUAAUAUUUGAUUUGAAGAUUGAAUUGCUACAUGCACAAAGAAUUUGUGAAAUAAAACAAGAUGCUUGGCCAUAUUGGCAAAAUCUCACAGGCUUGCAGUCACAGUGAAUUCAUGGGCAUCUUCAUCAGAGGACUUCCAAUACUGAGACCCUUCAAAAUCCACUAUCAUGAUCCCAGGAAACAAAAUGAAGACAAUGAUCUCAAUGUGGGAGUGUUUAUGAUUCUUCCACAAGAAAGCCUUGAUGACACCCAAGUUAUAGAUCUGACAAUAAACGUAGAAGCCUGCACAAAUUUAGAUCACAAGGAAUUGCCUUCGAUUCCUAUAAGCAUGAUGGUUCCGCAAAAUAUCAAGACGGAAAAUCAGCAAGAUACCGUGGAAGUGAAAAAAGAGCCCACUACUGAUUAUGAAAACAAUGAAACUGACAUCAAUGUGUUACAUAAUUAUUCAAUAAAAGUACUAGUUGGUGUCAAAAGAGACAUUGAACUAAUAAAAAGUAUUAAUAUGACAGAAUCAUCAACAUCAUCAGAGCCAACAGUUGAAAUUGAAAAUGUUGAUAGCGACGACAAUCUGAAUCUUCUAAACAAACGGUUUAAAAGAGUUUCAGAUGAUGACAUUGGUAAUAUUGGACAAAUGGAUCAAACUCAAGGCGUCAGCAAAAGCUCAAGACAGCAAACUGAAGCCGAAUUGAGACUAUUUAAUACCUACCUUAAAAAUGUUGGUGAGAAAAUGGCGAUGGAAAUGGAAACUGUUGAGACAUCAACAUCAUCAGAGCCAAAAGUUGAAAUUGAAAACGUUGAACGCGCGGAAAAUCCCAAUAUUCUAAUCAAACGUGUUUUAAGAGUUUCAAAAGAUGACAGAUACCAUAAAAGGCAAAUGAAUCGUGCUGACAGUGUAAGCCAACUUACAAAGCAGAAAACUGGAGCCGAUUUGAAACGGUUUAAUACCUACCUUGACAAUGUUGGUGAGAAAAUGGCCAUGGAAAUGAUGCCACCUGACCAGUUAAAUGAACACAUAUGUGGAUUUAUACUCUCUGUUACUAGAAAGGAUGGUAAUGAAUAUGAGCCCAUAUCGAUCAGGAGCCUCGUGUCUUCCAUUGAUUGGCAUCUACGAACAAAAGGCUACAAGUAUUCGAUACUUAACAGUGUUGAGUUCGAAAAAACUCGUUGGGCCCUGAAGACUAAGCAAAAUCAUUUACAAUCUCAUUAUAAAGGCAUAAGUUCUAAAGAUGCUGAACCAUUAGACGAUGAAACGAUUGCACAAUUUUAUGAAUGCGGCACCUUGGGUGACCGCAGCCCGGAAUCUCUUUUUCACUCACUGUGGCUCAUUUGCGCUGUACAGUUUGGAAUUAAACCAGGGCAAGCCAUGUAUGAUAUGAAAUGGGGAGAUGUUCAGCUUAAAGAAGAUGAAACUGGGCAAUAUCUUGAAUACGACAGUGAAAUCACAAGAAAAAGAAGAAUUAGAACACUUGACACAAGAUUAUCAGACACGAGGCCGCGAGCGUACGCUACCUCAGAUCCACAAAGGGAUCCUGUACAUCUGUAUACGACAUAUAAGAACCAGCGACCCGAAGGAACGCUUAACCCAGAGAGCUCAUUUUUUCUAACCAUAUCCCAUCAUGAUCCUUUUUUGCAUAAAAAAUGGUACAUCAAACAACGCAUGGGGUUAAACAGGAUGUAUGGGGUCAUGAGUAAGAUGAAAAAUGCAGCAAAUUUAGCGCAAGAUAGGAGGAUUGGUUCAGCCAGUGCCAGAAAACGUGCUAUUCAAUUGUGGAAAGAUGGUAGUGCUCCAUCGCACAUACACCGGAAAAUGCCUUGCACCGUUGAAAAGGAAUGAACAUGAUAUGCAUGUGUUUUAUAUAGCGUUAUUCGCUUUCUCGUUCAUUUACAUUUAGAUAAACUGAUCAAUGUUGCAAUUAAUAACAAGAACAUUUAUUUACCCGGUUGAAACAUAUUUUUUCUGCAAAUCUAAAUAUAAUCACACGAUGAUUUUGUUAUUUUGUGUUGUGAAUCGUAAUGGUGUUUAUAUGGUCCUCGUUAUGCGAAAAUGGGUCUUAUUCAAUAUGCGGUCAGCGUUGCGCAGACUAACCUGCGCAUCCGCUCAUUCUGGUCAGGAGCUUCCCUGUACGCUAAUGAGGCCAAGAAACCGUGUGUGACUUAUAUCGGCCUGCGUAUCUCCUGACCAGACUGCGCUAUUGCGUUAAAAGGGACUGGAGCUUCGUUCGGCGCAUAUGGCAUAAGACCCAUUUUCGCAUGACGUGGGUGUAUAAAGUUGUUUUAGUCAGGUAAUUAGAUAAUUUGUUUGGGAAAUUUCUUUCUGAUACAAAUUCAUAUUCAUUGAGUUUAUUAUAAAUUUUGUAAAAUUAGAUUUGAUUCCCAAAUUGAAAAAAAAAGAUGUAUUUUACAAUAAGAGUACGAAAGUUUUCUCUUACAAAUGGACUUAGUUAUAUACGAUUUUUAUAAUAAAAGUACAUUUUUUUGACUUUUCAAACUUGCAUAUGUUGAAAAUAAAGGGUUGAUCGAAAUUAAGCUUAACCACCUACAUGCUUGAACUCGAAAUGUGCACCAGGUAUAUCAGGGUGCCGGGUCACGUUACUUUAUGGGGUUCACAAAUGGAUGUAAACAAACCAGUAAGUUUUUUUUCUCCAAAUAAUCUAAAACAAAUGAUUCUGAAGAAUUUUAACUAGUGUAUAAAAGACAGUUUUUAUGCGGUUUAUGGCAAUGUGAAAAACAACACUCAUUAGAUUUACCCUUUUUAAUAAGCCUGUGAUCUUGGCCAAUAAUUCGAUGUGUGCAGCAUUCAGGGUCAUAGGCUGGACUCUGUUACAUGUAACAUGUGUGUUAAGUUCAGUUAAUAAAAUAGUUAUACAUUG